GCGAGAGCGUGGAGGAGAACGCCAAUGUGGUGGUGCGGCUGCUGAUCCGCCGGCCCGAGUGCUUCGGGCCCGCCCUGCGCGGCGAGGGCGGCAGCGGGCUGCUGGUCGCCAUCGAAGAGGCCAUCAAGAUCUCGGAGGACCCGGCCCGGGACGGGCCCACCGUGAAGAAGGACCGUCGGCGGGAGCUGUUCGGGGGGGAGGAGACGCACGAGGAGAAUCGGGUGCACCUGGGCAACGCCAUCAUGUCCUUCUACGCGGCGCUGAUCGACCUGCUGGGGCGCUGCGCCCCCGAGAUGCAUCUGAUUCAGGCCGGGAAGGGCGAGGCGCUGCGGAUCCGGGCCAUCCUGCGCUCCCUGGUGCCCCUGGACGACCUCGUCGGCAUCAUCAGCCUCCCGCUGCAGAUCCCUGCCUUUGGCAAGGGUACGG